AUGCCAUUUCGAAUUUCUGAUACAGACGUCGGCGAAACCGCACAAACACGUGCCACUCCCGGAAAACUCGCCAAUACUGACGAGGAUUGGACCAAGAUUUCCGAUCUUGCUGAGCGUCGCAGGAUUCAAAACCGUAUUGCCCAACGCAACUACCGCAAAAAGCUGAAGCGUAAAGCAGAAAAUACCGCAACGUCCAUUCAUCCCAAUUGUCCAGAGUCAAAUCUGAAGCCCCCCACCAUGACGCAGAAGAGGCGUACCUCCGUAGGGUCCAUUAAGCAGCCCAGUUGCUCUUCUCAACUGCACGCCGACAACGAGUUUCGAUUACAGCAAUUCCCCCUUGACUUCUGCGAAAGUUCGAGUGCCGGUGCCAAUCCAAUUUGGGUCAGUCAGGUUGAUUAUUCCUUCGAUCAUCCAAUCGAUCCAUCUCCUUGUCAAGGACGGUUGCUCGACUUUCCAGCCUCCAAGCCAUACUCGGAUGACUUCAUAGCCGCAGAUCCAGCCAAAUGGUUCCCGAUAAAUCACCUUGACGGCAAACCAGGGCAGAAAUUCAAUACAGAUUGUGGCUUCUUUUCAUACUCUACAAACAGUGGCCCUAGUCCGAGUAUCAGUAUGAGUGCACAGGAUUCUUGGUACUCUUCAUCGCCCGGAUCGGUUGAUCGGUCGGGUGUGCCACCCCAUGAAGCACCAAGAUGUUGGAUCAAUGGGCAGACUGAUCCCGUCGGUUCUCUCAAUCAUUCCGGCGCGUUUCUUAAUGACUUUGAACGAGGAAGAUGGAAAAACCAGCCGUCGGCUUUAUCGCUAUUUGCUAACAAUUCUGAGAGAACCGCGCGUGAAGAGGACGAACCGGCUCGAGCAGGAUCCAUCUGA